GCAAACGAAGGAAUUGUUUGCGAGUUCAGUCAUCCAAAAAAGCUUCUUCCAUAUGGAGGGACCGGGUGCGCCGGGCGCGGCGUCCCCUGCCUCGUCCUCCUGCUGCCGCCGCGACCGCCGCGACCCCCGCUUCCUGCCGCAGGGACCCUGAGCCCCGGCCCGCCGGUGUCAGCCUCUGGGCGCGCACGAACGCACACUCACCCUUACACACACACUCACUCACUCACUCACGCCCGCCACAGCCACACGCGCCCGCACGCGCCCUCCCUCCCCGGCCUGCAACUUCUCCGGCCGGCGCUCCUUUGUUGCUCCCGCGGCGGCCGCUCUCCGGUUUUGUGAGUCCGCGGGUGUCACUGUGCCGGUUGUGUGUCCGUCCGGCGAGGUGCUGUGCGGCUCCCUCAGCGCCCGCCACGCCGGCCCCCCCGGGCCCCGCUCGCCCUUCCUUAGGAGCUGCCGCACCAGAGUCCCAGCACGAACUUCCUGGAACCCAUGACCCGUGAAGUCUUGUCAACACUCACACCAUCUGAGGGUAGCAGCCAUGAAGUGAAAGGAGCAGAGUGGUGCAGGGGAUUGUGGGAGCCCUUUGAGUGACUCCAGUGGCUUAUGGGACAUUGGCUUGGACCCUUUGUGACACCGUGCUGCAUGGGAUGAUGACGACUUGGAGAGGAAAAAGGCCCGAGGUCACCCUCACUUGCCUCCUUUUAGCCACAGCAGGCUGCUUUGCUGAUUUGAACCAGGUCCCUCAGGUCACUGUCCAGCCCUCUUCCACCGUCCAGAAGCUCGGAGGAACUGUGAUCCUGGGCUGCGUAGUGGAGCCCCCGUGGAUGAACGCCACAUGGCGCCUGAACGGGAAGGAGCUGAACGGCUCGGAUGAUGCUCUGGGCAUCCUCAUCACCCGCGGGACCCUCGUCGUCACUGCCCUCAGCAACUACACCGUGGGACGGUACCAGUGUGUGGCCCGCAUGCCUGCGGGAGCCGUGGCCAGCGUGCCGGCCACUGUGACGCUAGCCAAUCUCCAGGACUUCAAGUUGGACGUGCAGCAUGUGAUCGAAGUAGAUGAGGGGAACACAGCAGUCAUUGCCUGCCACCUUCCUGAGAGCCACCCAAAAGCCCAGGUCCGAUACAGUGUCAAGCAAGAGUGGCUGGAGGCAUCUCGAGAUAAUUACCUGAUCAUGCCAUCAGGAAACCUCCAGAUUGUGAACGCGAGCCGGGAGGAUGAGGGAACGUACAAGUGUGCUGCCUACAACCCGGUGACGCAGGAAGUGAAAACCUCGGGCUCCAGUGACAGGCUCCGCGUGCGCCGCUCCACUGCUGAAGCUGCUCGUAUCAUCUACCCUCCGGAGGCCCAGACGAUCAUUGUCACCAAAGGCCAGAGUCUGAUCCUGGAGUGUGUGGCCAGCGGGAUCCCACCUCCGCGGGUCACCUGGGCCAAGGAUGGGUCCAGUGUCACCGGCUACAAUAAGACACGCUUCCUGCUGAGCAAUCUCCUCAUUGACGCCACCAGUGAGGAGGAUUCGGGGACUUACCGCUGCAUGGCUGACAAUGGGGUCGGGGAGCCCGGGGCAGCGGUCAUACUCUACAACGUCCAGGUAUUUGAGCCCCCUGAGGUCACCAUGGAGCUGUCCCAGCUGGUCAUCCCGUGGGGCCAGAGCGCCAAGCUCACCUGUGAGGUGCGUGGGAACCCCCCGCCAUCUGUGCUGUGGCUGAGGAAUGCCGUGCCCCUGGCUUCCAGCCAGCGCCUCCGACUGUCCCGCAGGGCCCUGCGGGUGGUCAGCGUGGGGCCUGAGGAUGAAGGUGUCUACCAGUGCAUGGCUGAGAAUGAAGUCGGGAGCGCCCACGCCGUGGUCCAGCUGAGGACCGCCAGGCCAGGCACGACCCCGCGGCCAUGGCAGGAUGCCAGGCCAGACACUGCCACAGCUCCCGUGCCACCCUCCGGACCUGGAGGCCCUGACCAGACGCCGAGGGGGCGCCCAGGGCUCCCCAAACCCCCGACGUCCGUGCAGCCAGCUUCCCCACAGUGCCCUGUAGAGAAGGGGCAGGUGGCUCCUGCCGAUGCGCCCGUCAUCCUCAGCUCACCGCGGACCUCCAAGACCGACUCGUACGAGCUGGUGUGGCGGCCCCGGCACGAGGGUGGCAGCCGGGCUCCUGUCCUCUACUACGUGGUGAAACACCGCAAGGUCACAAACUCCUCUGACACCUGGACCGUCUCCAGCAUUGCAGCCAACCAGCACCGCCUGACCCUCACCAGACUCGACCCUGGGAGCCUAUAUGAAGUGGAGAUGGCAGCUUACAACUGUGCAGGCGAAGGCCAGAUGGCCAUGGUCACCUUCCGAACUGGACGGCGGCCCAAGCCUGAAAUCAUAGCCAGCAAGGAGCAGCAGAUCCAGAGAGAUGACCCUGGAGCCAGCCCCCAGAGCAGCAGCCAGCCAGACCACGGCCGCCUCUCUCCCCCAGAAGCUCCUGACAGGCCCACUAUCUCCAUGGCCUCGGAGACGUCAGUGUAUGUGACUUGGAUUCCCCGUGGGAAUGGCGGCUUCCCGAUCCAGUCCUUCCGUGUGGAGUACAAGAAGCUGAAGAAAGUGGGGGACUGGAUUCUGGCCACCAGCGCCAUCCCUCCUUCCCGGCUCUCGGUGGAGAUCACUGGCCUAGAGAAAGGCACCUCCUACAAGUUUCGUGUCAGGGCUCUGAACAUGCUGGGGGAGAGCGAGCCCAGCGCCCCUUCCCGGCCGUACGUGGUAUCAAGCUAUAGUGGCCGCGUGUACGAGAGGCCUGUGGCAGGCCCUUACAUCACCUUCACCGAUGCCGUCAACGAGACCACCAUCAUGCUCAAGUGGAUGUAUAUUCCAGCAAGUAACAACAACACCCCAAUCCAUGGAUUUUAUAUCUAUUAUCGACCCACAGACAGUGACAAUGACAGUGACUACAAGAAGGAUAUGGUGGAAGGGGAUAGAUACUGGCAUUCCAUCAGCCACCUGCAGCCAGAGACCUCCUAUGACAUUAAGAUGCAGUGCUUCAACGAAGGAGGGGAGAGUGAGUUCAGCAACGUGAUGAUCUGUGAAACCAAAGCCCGGAAGUCUUCUGGUCACCCUGGUCGGCUCCCACCCCUGACUCUGGCCCCACCUCAGCUGCCACCCCCUGAGACCAUAGAACGGCCGGUGGGCACCGGGGCCAUGGUGGCACGCUCCAGCGACCUGCCCUACCUGAUUGUUGGGGUCGUCCUGGGCUCUAUCGUCCUCAUCAUCGUCGCCUUCAUCCCCUUCUGUUUGUGGAGGGCCUGGUCUAAGCAGAAACAUACCACAGACCUGGGUUUUCCUCGAAGUGCCCUUCUGUCCACCUCCUGCCAAUACACUAUGGUACCACUGGGAGGACUCGCAAGCCACCGAGCCGGUGGGCAGCCCUACCUCAGUGGCACCGGUGGACGUGCCUGUGCCAGUGGGAUCCACAUGAACAGGGGCUUCCCUGCAGCUGCCAUGGGCCACCCAGGCCUGAAGCCUCCGCAGCCCUGCCCAGGGGCGCUUCGGCAGUCUUUUGAGCAGCAGGAUGACCCCAGCAGCCUGCUAAAGCAGACCGUUCUUGGAACUGGAUAUGACCCACCUGGCCACCAGAAGCCUAGGGUUCCCAAGUCUAGCACGGAGGAUGACUCUUUUUUGUAUACACUGCCUGAGGGCUCCACUCACCAGCUGCUCCAGCCCCACCAAGACCGUCACCACCUCCAGGAGCAGCCUGCCCCCACGGGCCAGUCAUGCAUGAGGAAUGGACCCCAGGGUCCUAGGCUGGAAGCCACCUGGGACCCUCUUUUUCACCAAGGGCCCCCGUGCUGCUUGGGCCUUGUCCCAGUUGAAGAGGUGGACAGUCCUAACUCCUGCCAAGUGGGUGGAGGAGACUGGUGUCCCCAGCACCCCACAGGCACCUACCCAGGGCAGGAGCUUGGGAUACGGCUCUCCCCCAGCCCACCGCUGCAUGUAUCUUUUGAAACACCACCUCCUACAAUUUAGACAGAAACCAAUAUCCCAGAAAGACUAUAUAUAUUGUUUUUAAAAAGAGACAGAAAAUUGGUAUUUAUUUUUCUAUAAUAGCCAUAUUUAUAUAUUUAUGCAUCUGUAAAUAAAUGUAUAUGUGUUUUUAUAAUUCUGGAGAGACGUAGGGAAUCCUCCCCAUUGAGGUAUGAGAAGGGAAUCAAAGAAGCCACAAUACAGGAUUCAACUGGGAAAGAGUCUCACAGACUGAGAAGGCAGGCCUGCCACCUCUGUCACCACCCAGGAGGCUGCACAAGGCCCCCAGAAAAGCUUGUGAAAGGAAGAAUCUCGGGCGCUGUUCACAAUGACGAUGAGGGAAGAGCAAGGGCCACGGUGUCACAGGCCAAGACACUCAUGAAGACCAGUGGACCUGGUACUACAGGCAGCGUUUUCAGAAGAUGCCCACGAGAAUAGACUGAGAUGUGUAUAGUCCUAUAAGCAUUAACAAACCUUCCAGAAUCAAUACUCUGUGGCAGCAUAUCUCUGUAAAAACAAACACUGUAACUUCUAAAUACAUGUUUAGUCUUCCCUGUAA